CUUUCCCCGAGGAAUGAACACCCCCUUCCCUAUCUUUUGUACUGAAAAUCUAACGGUAUAGGAAACAGGAGAAAUAAAUAAACAAAACCCAAAUUCCCCAAAUUUCUUCAUCGAUUUUGGGGAAAAGAGAGGAAAAAAGAUGAUUAAUCUUCAAAGAACAAUUUAUCGUCCACACAUAGUGAUUUCAUCUUUCAUUUGUGGUUUUAGAGAACAAUCAAAAUUAUUAGGGGUUUCUUCUUCUUCCCAGAAACCUGUUGAUAACUACAGAUCUUUUUCUACGAUUUCGUCUAAUCCAUUUACUUCUUCGAAGAUUAAUGAGAAAGGGUUUCAAUUGAGCUCAAGAAGAACUAUGGUUAGGGGGUUUAGGGCUUCUUCUAAUUGGAGUGAGGAGAAAUCUCCUUACGACACACUUGAAUUAGAGAGGGAUGCUGAUGAAGAGAAGAUAAAAUUUGCUUACAGACGACUCGCCAAAUUUUAUCAUCCUGAUGUAUAUAAUGGUAGCGGAACUCUUGAGGAAGGUGAAACGGCUGAAACCCGAUUCAUAAAGAUACAAGCUGCUUAUGAGUUGCUCAUAGAUGAUGAGAGGCGCACACAGUAUGAUAGGGAACACCGUGUUAAUCCUAUGAAGGCUUCACAAGCAUGGAUGGAUUGGCUCGUGAAGAAGCGAACAGCUUUUGAUCAGAGAGGUGAUAUGGCUGUCGCAGCUUGGGCUGAACAGCAGCAGCAUGAGUUGAAUGUUCGUGUACGUCGUCUGUCUCGUACAAAGGUAGACCCAGAUGAGGAACGAAGGAUUCUGGCUAAAGAAAAGAAAGCAUCCAUGCAGAACUUCUCCAAUACUCUCAAACGGCACACACUAGUCUUGAAAAAAAGGGAUAUAAUGAGGAAAAAAGCUGAGGACGAUAAGAAAAAGCUCAUCACUCAGCUUCUAGCAGCUGAAGGCCUUGAACUCGCCACAGAUGACGAAGACGAUGCAGUGUAGUCAAAGACAGAAUAAUUCCAGUGCCUGUCUCUCAUAUUUUCAUUUGUAAGGAGGUACGUCUUUUUUCUGAUGAACUCCUGUUUUGAGUAACGUUUAAUUAGAGCAGUUGGUUGUUUUCUAAUAUAACAUCUGACUAGAGAAUAUAUGAGCGCUGUAGGACUAAAUUCCACUUUAAAGACUAAAAGAUCCAGCUAAAUCAAAUACGCAAACUUUGUGAUAAAUAACUUUUAUAUAAUUUUAUUUAUGAGCUUCGUUAA